UUGCUGAAACUGAAAACUCCAAUUUAGACAUCUUUGUAUAAAAGACAAAGGCUGUGACUGUCGAGGAGAGAUAAGCAGUUAUAAUCACAUAUAUCUUAAGUCACUAUAGUCCAAAUAAGUAAAACUUAAAAAAAAAACCAAUAGUAAACUUCUCCACUAGAUCAUUUGACUGGUAAACUCAAUAACUAUAUACUUGAUUAUAAGAAUUUUUCUCAUGCCUUGAGCAGAAUAUUGGCAUUUUGUCUGAUCAAAACACUAUAUAAACCAGUUAGAUCAUCCCAGUCUCCAUAAAACCAACAAUUGGAAACAAAAAACACAUAAGAGAAAGGAACAAAAGCAAUGAAGAAUUCUAGCUUUGGAGCAUAUCUUUUGGUGUUACUGAUUUUUGCAACUCUUACUUGCUGCUUAGAUGCAAGAUUACAGGCUUGCCAGCCGAGUGGCAAAAUCAGAGGCAUAAUGCCACCACCAGGGCAAUGUAAUCCGGAAAAUGACUCGGAUUGUUGCAAACAAGGCAAGAUGUACACCACUUACAAAUGUUCGCCUCCUGUGACUGGUAACACCAAGGCUGUUUUAACUCUUAAUAGCUUCCAAAAGGGUGGAGAUGGUGGUGGACCAUCGGAAUGUGAUAACCAAUACCAUUCUGAUGAUACUCCAGUUGUUGCCCUUUCAACCGGAUGGUACAGUGGAGGAGAUAGGUGCCUUAACUAUAUCACAGUAAGUGCUAAUGGCAGAAGUGUGAAGGCUAAAGUUGUAGAUGAGUGUGACUCUACCAUGGGAUGUGAUGACGAACAUGAUUAUCAGCCUCCAUGUCCGAAUAACAUUGUUGAUGCCUCUAAAGCAGUGUGGGAAGCCUUGGGUAUACCUGAAGGUGACUGGGGUGAUUAUGACAUCACAUGGUCUGAUGCUUAGUAUUAUUAGUAAUUAAGCUUUCAUUUGAAUACAAUGAUCGUGUGCAUACUCAGAUUAUGUGUAUUAAAUGGCAAAGAUCCUACUACAUUUCCAUGUUGUUUGUUGUGAAAUUACAGCUAAUGAAAAAUUAUGUUUAUAUCUA